UGAGCGAUUUUUCCUGUUAGCCAGCUAGCUGUUUACAAUCAUCACAAUAUGGAAAAAACGACGGACUAAUGGACGUUUUAACGCCAGAUAGCGAGGGUUAUAACUUCACUUGAGAUGCGCAUUUGGCAGCUUUUGACCGCCAUGAAGUAAAAGUUGUUUGUAAACAUACAACAGCUGAAGAAUAUUAAGAGAUUUAAUGGUAAAACCAGGAGGAGAAAACUGUCAAUGGUCAUCAUCACAAACUCAUUUUGAGUGACAGGAGAUCGAUAUGGCGCUGAGGGAGUUAAAAGUUUGUCUGCUGGGGGACACUGGUGUUGGAAAGUCGAGUAUUGUUUGGAGAUUCGUGGAGGACAGCUUUGACCCAAACAUCAACCCAACAAUUGGCGCAUCCUUCAUGACCAAGACGGUGCAAUACCAAAACGAGCUGCACAAGUUCCUCAUCUGGGACACGGCAGGACAGGAGCGGUUUCGGGCUCUGGCACCGAUGUACUACAGAGGUUCAGCGGCAGCCAUCAUUGUUUAUGACAUCACAAAAGAGGAAUCCUUCCAAACACUGAAGAACUGGGUGAAGGAGCUGCGCCAGCACGGUCCUCCUAAUAUAGUGGUCGCCAUCGCUGGCAACAAAUGCGACCUGUCAGACGCCAGGGAAGUGUCGGAGAAGGAUGCCAAGGACUACGCAGACUCCAUCCAUGCCAUCUUCGUAGAAACCAGUGCCAAGAAUGCCAUUAACAUCAACGAGGUGUUUAUAGAGAUAAGUAAGCGCAUCCCCGUUGCCGACGCAUCCGGAGCAUCUUCAGGAAAAACUUUCAAACUGGGACGCCAGGCCUCAGAGUCUCGCAGGACGUGCUGCUGAUGAUGCCGGUGACUGUCCCGAACACGACCUUUGACCUGAACUUUGCGUACCCUCCGUGUCCUCGGCCUGCUUCAGCUUGCAGCCACCCUCAAACACCCUGCCGUCACUGAUACCGGGGUGCAGCAGUGCCAGCAAACGCAUUUUUGCAGCACUCAACGACAAAAAAACAUCAUAUAAUCAUCUGACAUUGUCUGGCAGGACAAAUACUUCAAGAUAACUGAGCAUUGACAGAUAAACCUGCAUCAAAACAUUGACGUGUAAGUGAAAGACCCUUACAUAUAACUUAACCGGCUUCUAUUACGGACAUUAACAUCUGUUUGGUGUAUUUUAUGGCUCAGGUUGGUCAGAGGAACUUUACACCUGCAGAUUCAUGGAUUUAGAAAUCAUUUGUACGUGUAAAUUUGUAAAAAAGAAAAAAAAGAAAAAGAAAAAUUGUGAUCUUUCAACCAAAACAGUGACUGAAAAUGGUUACAUUGCACCAAAUUAUUUUGAUGGCACUGAAGUUAUGGCCUUUUAUUUUUUGGGGAGAUCUCUCUCUAAACAUUCUCAACUUUGUGAAGGAUCCAUCUCUACACUUAACGUGAGUAAUCACUAAUUUAUCGUGAGACUUUGAUGAAAGCGGUGAAGCAAGUCGUGCGUGUUUGUACCAAUCUUUAAUCUCAGUGUUUGAUGUCGGUGAUUCAUAGUCGAGUGAGACGGAUCGUGAACACACAUUUAGGUUUUAUGGUGUGAUUGCUGUUUUCAUCAAAAUGUUUUCAAGGCAAAAUGCCAAGUGGGUGUUUUGAUGUAAAUUGCAAUCACACAGUAAAACAUGCAGAAAUGAACAGUGUGUGGAAGCUUAUUUCCUUUGCAUUAAAUCUAACUCUAACUCUCAGCCAGAGAGUGAAUAAGCGAAAAAACAAACAAACAGACUUUUCAUUUAAUUGUGAAUAAUUCUUCUCUCAUUGGCUUAUACAAAUAUUUUAAGACUUACUUGUGUCCCUGAGAAUAAUUACAAAAUGUUGUAAAAUCUCCUCUCUGUGAUGAGAAAAACCUUUUAUACCAUAACAGUUAUUAGCCGCUCACAUGUGCUCCACUCUUUCACUUGCUAUUACUUAACAAGGUGUUAAAGGAAUACUUCACCUUUUAAAAUGACCUUUUAUAAAAGAUUACGAGCUGUGUGUUACUUUUGAAGAAAACUUUGUAUUUUUCUCAUGCCUCCAUGGUGAAUGGACGACCUGAAAACGUAGUAAAUCCUUUAUGAAUUUUAGUAAAUGGAGACCCACAACUUGUUUAAUGAGAUUUAAAUUAUACUGCACCAGUCACAUUCAAGUCACAAUUGUCUGAAGCUUGCACAAACUCACUACUCGUCCACAUGGAAUAGCAAGGUUUUACCAAAAAUGUUUGGGAAGUGCUGAGCAUAAUAUAGAAUAAAUGGGUUUGAGAGUGUGUAUUAAAAUGUUUUGAUUUAGUUUUGCAUUUUUUAAAUGUGGCCUCCAUUUACUUCAGUUCAUUAAGGAUGUUUUUGGAUUCCCAGUUCACCGUGAAAUCGUGACAAACAAAAAAUGUUCUUGUAGAAUUCAGGGUAACAGGCUGUAAGUAAUUGAUAUACAAAUGGAUAUUUUGGUGUUAGGUAUUCCUUUAACUUAAUCCUGUGUGAAGUUGUUUCACAAUAUGGCUUUAGCUUCAUUUUUCUCUAAUCUUAUUUUGUCUGGCAGGCCAGCCUGUCCUCAAUCCUUUGCUGCUACUUUUGCAACAGUUUUUACAGAUUUUUUUGUGAGGUCUUGCCAAAUUCUGUAAUUAUCCCAUAAACAUUUUUAAUCUUUCCUUUUCUUGCACAUAAUCAGCAGCGGCUUGCACAUGUUGUUUUACUACCUGGCCUGCGAUGAAAACAGUGAGAUCUGGAAAGCUGUACGUCCUCGUUCAGAGGAAACUCAGAUUUUGGACCUUAAAUCUGCCCUCAGAAGAAGGUUAUAGGUGCAGAAUCAGACGUGGCGCUGCGUCGUCAUGCUGACCCCUUAAUGAACCUUAGCCUCCAUUCUGCUCUGAAUUACUGGAUGUGCUCUUUCCAACGUCUGCCUUCUGAUUUUCUUUUCUCCAAACUUCUUCCUCCUCAUUCCUCUAAAUUCCAGGCACUUAUUGUAGGCCCAGCUUUCAUUUUAUUUCAAACAAAUGUGGUAUAACAGCUUUCACAGUGCUCUAUGAUCCUCUGUGAUCUUUAAAUCUAUGCUACAGUAGUUUCACUUACCUCCUAAAUUGGCCUAAUUGAGCUUCAGUUGACUCAUGAGCCCCCACAGACUUAUUAAUUCUUUGUGAUAUCCUAUUUUUUUGUAUCUCUUGAGCCCUUUUAGCCCCAAAACCUCUUUUCGGAGUUGCCAAAAAUACAGAUGUGGGCUUAAUUAGACUGCAUUUCCACAUUUCUAAAGUUUUAUUGUGUGCUUUCCUGUCAGCGCAAAGCCAGUUUAUUUGCCUCUAAGCAUCUUACAUAAAUGUAGCUGUUACUGAUGAGUUGUGUGCUAAGCAGUGCUGCCAGUUUCUUCAGGAUUUUCAUAUGGAGUGCAAUAGUUGUUAUUACAACAAAGGUGAAAAUGUGAUCUAAUCCAAGAAGUUAGUUACAGAGUGAUAAUGUUCACACAGUGGAGCACACACUCAUCCAAAAAAAUGUGAUCUCAUUCAGGCUGUCGUAAAGAUUAUAAAGAAAGGUUUAAUUUAACCUCAAUGAUUUGACGACAGUGUUGCUCAGACAUUGUUAAUCAAAUGAGCAGCGUGAUGGGGGGACGAGCAAAUCCCUUAGAUCCAGAGUGGCAUUCUAGGUCAAAACUUAAAAUUGAAGGGAAUCAUUCUGAUACUUUGAAACUUGGAAGGAUUACUGAACGGGCCUACUGGGCACAGACCCAAAGAGUCAGGAGCUGAGAAAAUGUCAAACAAAGACACGUGUACCUUUUAAAGAGACACCAAUAGAUAGAACGACUAUGGAAAAAAAAAGGCAAAACAACCACAAAGAGACACAAUGAUGACAGACACAAAACAAUUACAUAGACAAACUCAAUGACUACAGAGACACAAAGCAAUUAAAGAGACACAAAAAUUAUGACACAAACAUUUAGCAUCUACAAAGAGACUUAAAACCACUACUGAGACACAAAGGAACUACAAAAAGACACAAAAUGACUUAAAAAAGGGGCAAAAACCACCAAAAAUAAUACUAUGAACAGACAUGAAGUAACUACAAAGACACAGAAUGACUACAGAGACAUAAAACAACUGCAAAGAGACACAAAGCAACUACAGAGAGGCAUAAAAUGACUACAGAAACACAAAACAACUGCAAAGAGACAUACAUGACUACAAAGAUACAAAAUGACUACAGAGACAGAGCAACUGCAAAGAGAUGUAAAAUGACUACAAAGAGAACAAACGACCACAACUGAAAGAGUUUUUUUGUCUGUGCCCAGAGGCCCAUUGUCUGUCCAUGCUUUGAAAGCUGCACUUUCACUGACUGUUUGUAUUAAUUUGUUCCUUAUUACUAAUGAUCACUCUGUAGACUGUUAUUAUCUGUGUGAAAUCACUCGAUGAAACAUUCUUUAUGUCCCUCCAUGUUAUUUUAGGUUGUGACUGUUUGCUCAGUUUCUUAUUGCUACAGAGAACAUGGUGCCAAAUAAUGUUGACGCUAUUUUACUACAUCACGCAUAAUUAACCUUUUUUUAUUAUUAUUAUUGUCAAUGUAAUGUAAUGAUUUGAAGUGCUAAUCACAUACAUGCUUAAUGAUAUUUGAAGUUUGAUAAUGACACAUGUUUCUCCCCUUAUUUGGAGACAGGAGGCAUGGAUAGAAGUUGUGUGCCAGUUUUGCAUUGAAAAAUACCAAUAAUCUUGGGCUGGCCCUGGGAAUGUGAUUAAUCUAUAUUAUGUAUAUUUUUCAGUGUAGAUAUAUACCAUCAAAUUGCACAUAAAUCAACAACUAUAUUCUAUUCUUAGCCAGUUGUGUGACCACAAUAGACUGCAUCAGCAUUGUAGUUACCAUAUUUAGCUUUUUACUAUGUUUCAUAUUGAUUGUAACAAGAUGCCUGAAAACUCAUAGUUUGCAGUGUAUUUCCAAAUGUGUAAAAAGGGAAUUGUCAAUUUGUUUACUAAUAAAAGAUUGACAGAAA